UCAGUUCGAUACAAAUCUCACACGCCAUCAUGGGGUUUCUCAACUGGACCAACUCUUAUUCUCCACAAGCUAGAAUAUUAGAUGCGUUAGGUGGGAGAAUAGUGCAACAUCUGGGUUGGAAUGUACCAAAUGAAGAGCUAAUCCAUGUCCCCGAACAUUGGCUAACUUACCCGGAUGUUGACAAAUCCUUACAUUUUCUUCUAGGUUUUGUUUACGUCUUCUUCUUUAUAGCAGCGAUAAUCGGCAAUGGAAUGGUACUAUGGAUCUUUUCUUCGGCAAAAUCUCUUCGCACCGCCUCUAAUAUGUUCGUAGUAAACUUGGCGUUUUGCGAUUUUAUCAUGAUGUUAAAAUCACCAAUUUUUCUUUACAAUACAUAUCACCAAGGUUUCGCGAUGGGUCACUUGGGUUGUCAAAUAUUUGCGGGAAUGGGGUCAUUAUCUGGGAUAGGAGCAGCACUUUCUAACGCCUGUAUUGCCUACGACAGGUACACUACAAUAACCAAUCCGUUUGAUGGAAAAAUAUCCAGGACGAAGGCAUUGGUGAUGAUUAUUUUUAUUUGGUGUUAUACGGUUCCAUGGACGGUUAUGCCUUUGUUGGAAAUUUGGGGAAGAUUUGUUCCCGAGGGUUUCUUGACAACAUGCAGUUUUGAUUAUCUGACCAGAACGAGUGAUAAUCGAAUAUUUGUCGGAUCAAUUUUUUUUUUCUCAUACGUGUGUCCUAUGACGUUAAUAAUUUUCUUCUAUAGCCAAAUAGUCAGCAAAGUAUUUAGCCAUGAGAAAGCGUUAAGAGAACAGGCGAAAAAAAUGAAUGUAGAAUCUUUAAGAGCUAAUCAACAACAGCAAAAUGAAUCGGCUGAAUUGAGAAUAGCCAAGGCGGCGAUAACGGUUUGUUUUCUGUUUGUUGCCUCUUGGACGCCUUAUGCUGUUUUAGCACUGAUCGGAGCUUUUGGAGAUCAAUCUUUAUUAACGCCUGGAGUUUCUAUGAUACCAGCCGUGACUUGCAAAUUGGUAGCGUGUAUCGAUCCUUAUGUAUAUGCGAUAAGUCAUCCUAAAUAUAGGCUUGAACUGCAAAAACGCAUGCCUUGUUUGGCCAUCAGAGAACCAAGUGAUACAGUUUCAACUGCUACUGAAACAGCAUCUCAACCGACGACAACUGCUUAAUCUGUAUGGCAAACAUUCUGAAUACCCAAAAUUAAUAAAAUUUUGUUCGACAAACGACUAAUCAAUAGUAGCAUAAAAAAUGUUUACAUCAUUCACUUGGACGUCGUACCUAUUUAUUUUAAGAAUAUCAGUAUCUAUACGUCUUUACGUCUCAGUAUCUAAACUAAGUGAUUUUAUCUCUCCGCCGCUUAAUAAUACUUAAUUAAACUGGAACAGUAUAUAUUUGGCAACAACGUAUAUUGUUCCGCUUCUGCCACAUACUUUGAUUACUAUACGGUGCAAGAGAGAGGUCUGACACGCCCAACAUAGGCGCGGCCAUUUUAAAGCCUUUACCAGAGUUUAUAGCUAAAGAAUCAGUUCGUUCACUCUGCGUCAGCACUUUUGAUCUCAAUGUUCCAGUUUAUACACUGCGCAACUAGGAUAUAAUGACAACCGCCUAUAAUAAAACAGCAGUCUUCUGCAUAUCCUGAAUUUGUAUCCCUGGAGUGGAUGUUAUUUUGGAACUUUCAACUGGUCCGAGUGAGCUAACUGAUUCAUUAGCAAUAAACUGCGACUCCAAAAAUAAUAUUGACUGACACUGACAGCAGCAAGCAAAAUAUCAGGUGCGUUUUAAUCAUCCGCUUCUGUUUCCGGAAUUGUCGGUUUAGUCGUUUUAACCUGUCAAAUUAAAACAAGAAAACCGACAAUUCCGAAGCAGAAGCGGAUGAUUAAAACGCACCUAUUAAAAAUAUUGCGCCAAGAUGUAGGCAACACGUAAUAAGGGAUCAAAAUGGCGGAGUUUUCUAUUUCCUUUCAAAGGGGCCUUUGAUUUGAAACUCGAUCGAGCGAGCGUCGAGGAGACCAAGUGGUGAUGACGUCACAACAGAGCAUUGAAUCAAAUCAAAUAAAACAGAGUAAAAAACAUAACCUCGCAUUUCUGUAAUUCUUGUUUCUGGUUUGUGUGUCAAAAUAGUGAGCAAAAAGUAAAGAAAAUGGAAAAACUUUUAAUAAAAAGUGGUAAUAGCCCUGAAAUGCAGCAUAUACCAUAAAUGCCUGCUUCGCUCUCAUACUCCAUGACUGUGAUUACUGGUGAUUAGAUCUGGACAGAGAAAAUGUAUUUUCCAAACACAUUUUGUGUUUUUUAUGACGAAUAAUUUCAGCUAUAAGACAAAAGCGGUUAAGUAAUUUGUUGACUUCUUGUCUGGUCUUUAAUUUUGAGAUUCAAAUUUACUUGUAAGUUGAUUAAAAAGAGAUAGGUAGAGACAAAGACAAAUUUCUCCCUCUUCUCGAUCCUUCUGCUCUGAGAACAUCGAGCUCGCUCCAUGUUCUCGCUCCAAGACAAAACAAACACUUUAUGGAUCUCUCGGAGUGUCAAUUCAAACACGAUUGCAGCGCUCGGAGAUCUCCGAUGAUCAAAUCAAACGCACCACAAAAGGCACUCAGAAAGCUGCGCAGUGCGACCAUUCUCCGUAUUCGCUCCGUGCGCGACAGCAGCGCCGAUUUGUUUUGGUAUUAAAGGAGUAUUUCUGCCUAUACUGACAAAUACAAUUUUUAAUAGAAUUCGUAAAUAAAAAGUAUAUAUGUUAGUUUUAAUAAAAGUAUAUGGAUUUAUAAAACAAUUAAAACAUUAAUUUAUUAUUAUUAUAUAUUUUCCACGCUUAAAUUGAAGAAAAUUAUGUAUAAUCAUUAAAAAUCAAUAAUAAAAUAUAGGCAGGCAACAGUAUUUACUGGAAAAUGUAUGAGAAGUUGCCUAAGUCUAAUAAGUUGUCAUUGAAGAAACCAUUUAUAAUAGCGUGAAGUUAAAAUGUAUAAAAAGGAUCGCUACUUAUAUUUUCAUUUUUGUUCUAAAGAAAACAUAGAAUGAAUGAUUAAAACUGGUUCUCGGUCAGUAAGUCACAAAAUUGCAUACCAGCCAAAUAUUAUAAUCAACGGCAGAAAUCUUGAAAUCUAGUCCUUGCUGAAUAAACAUUUAAGAAUAAAGGGAUAUUAAAGAACAUCGUAAAAUGAUAAUUUAUUGUUUAUUUAAAAACUUUCUAGUUUCUGAUGUCUACUAUUUCCAGCAUUACUGUUAUUAUCACAAAAAUAAAGGUAAUUUUUCUUCUUAUUGUACACCUAUCCAUUUAUUUCUUUGAUUUAAUUUCCACUUUGUUAGUGAAAUUUGUUAUAUAAGUUUCACUGUUUUUUUUUGCUAGUAUUUGUACAAUUUUCAACACAGCAACUCCUGUUGCUUAUUGUGUUGUUUUUACCUACUUUUUUGAAAAAAGUAAAAUGUAUACGUGUAUUUGAUAUGCCAAAAUUACAAAAUAUCCCCCUAAAAUGCACGAAUUAUCCGCAGCUAGCGCUAGUAUCGCUUUUGCUUCCCUUUCCAUGACUUUGCACGGAGCGAAUAGCAAGAGAAAAUCAAAGUACGUGGCCUCUGCAAUAUCUAUAUAAAAUGUUGCCCUCUUUUGUUUGACGUAUCAACUGUAAUAAGCAAUAUUUGUAUCUACAGACAACUACAUCGAUUAUCGCUAAUUUUAGAUCAUAUUUGUACUAACGUGACUCUAUCUCGCGUUUGCCAAACGUAACUUUUGUAGGGUAAUAUAAACCUUAAAUUAAAGCCCUCUAGCGGCGUUCGUAAAACGUAAGUAGGCACAGUUUAUAUAGCUUAAAAUAAGGCUAAAAAAAUUCUUCUAAACGAAACCAAGUUCAGUAAAUUCGGUAAAGACAAACCGGAGUUAUGAGCAUUUUUCCAAAUUAAAGUUUAACAUUUUCCACCACUCUAUUUCACAAAUGACAAAAAAUACACCUUAAGCUUUUUUGUUCAGAAAAUAUUGAAGAUUAAAAUAGUAAUAUUUAUUAAUAUAUUUUACUUUGUAUUUUUUUGAGAAAAUUACAUUUUUUUGUUUUGACGUCACAAUUACGCUACGUAGCGGCCAUCCUACAAACUUUUUAUUAAAACUAUGUUUUCCUCAAGUUUCUGAAAUAUAGCAGUCUAUCUCUUUUAAUGGAACACCCGGUGCAAUAGUUGAAAGUGUUGCCAACCUAAAGAAAUUUUCUCU